AUGGUGAAAGCUGACAAACGAAGCUGGGAUCAACAAAAAACAAUAACAAAAGAACAAGGGGGAAAUAUGCCCAACGUGUUUAACGAAAUACAAUCAAACACAUGGACUCAUAUCUACGAUGGCAGGAAUAGUAUUUUUGAUUUUUACAAAAAUACCCAUAUUUUAAUCACCGGCGGUACAGGUUUUUUAGGAAAAGCCCUUAUAGAAAAACUUCUUAGAUCUUGUCCGGAUAUUAAAUGCAUUUAUCUGCUAUUGCGACAUAAAAAAGGAAAAAAUGAAAUUGAGAGAUUGGAUGAAUUGCUUCAGAAUCCGGUAUUUGAUCGUAUACGGGAGUUUGAUGGGGAAAUAUUUAAAAAAAUAAAACCAAUUUUGGGAGAUGUUUCGUUACCGAACUUAGGGAUGAAUAACGAAGAUUUAAAUGUUGCUAUCGAAAAUCUAAAUAUUGUAUUUCAUUCAGCUGCGACUGUAAAAUUCAAUGAGGAUCUAAAAACUGCCUUAAAUUACAAUACAUUAGGAACUAAAAAAGUUCUGGACUUUUGUUGUAAUCUGAAACGAUUGAAGAGUUUUGUUUACGUAUCGACCGCUUUCAGUAACUCGGAUAAGGAAAAUAUCAAGGAAACUGUCUACGAAACCCCCUACGAUCCAGAAGAAAUUUUCAAUAUAAUUGAUAACCUCUCCGAUUAUGAUUUACAAGUAUACACAAAAAGAUUAUUGAAAAAUCAUCCUAAUACGUAUAUUCUCACGAAAUCGAUAGCGGAAUUUGAGGUUUUAAAAUACUCCAGGACAUUACCUUGUGCUAUUGUCAGACCAUCAAUUAUCACGGCAGCUUGGAAAGAGCCGUUUCCUGGUUGGGUGGACAGCAUUAGUGGAAUCACGGGAAUAUUCAUGGAAUGCGGAAGAGGAACAAUCAAAUCUAUUUUAUGUAACGAAAAAUAUAGAAUGGAUAUUAUACCAGUGGAUAUUGUUGUAAGCACCUUGAUCACCUCUGCUUGGCAUACAGUGAAACACAGAUCAAAUUCUCUGAGAGUUUACAAUUGUACAAGUGGUCAAAUAAAUCCAAUUACAUGGUGCAGAUUUAAAGAGUUAACUUUAAAGUAUACAAGAGCAUUUCCAAGUAAAUACGUAACAUGGUAUCCAUCAUUUACCUAUAGAACGAGUAAAAUAAUACAUAUGAUUUUAGCGAUUUUUUAUCAAAUUUUACCUUCAGCUUUAUUAGAUAUUUACCUGUAUGCCGUAGGUAAAAAACCGAUAAUGUUAAGAAUAAGCAAAAAAUUCUACGACGCUCUUUUAGCAGGAAGUUUUUCAUCUACUAGAGAAUGGAACUUCCAAGUUUGUACAAUGAAAAGUUUGACAAAGGCAGUACAAAACGCACCGGAUGGACACAAAUUUGAAAUUGAUAUAACUACCGAUAACGGUUUUCAAUGGGCAAAAUAUGUUGAGACUUUUAAUUUAGGAGUAAGGAAAUACAUUUUGAAAGAUGACAUGAAAAGUAUGGUAGAAGCUAGAAAAAAAUUACGAAGAUUAUACUGGUUCCAGAAAAUUAUUGAGGUUUUUACAAUUUAUAUAACUUUGAGGACAUUUUUUCCAUACAUGAAACGUUAUUUUACUAAUUAUUUCGAAAGAUCAGUGGAGCUACAAAUUUUUACAGAUUAGUAAAAGCUAAUUUCAGUUUUUAAUUAAAUUU